AUGUCGCAAGCGUUUGUCUAUGCGGUCUCCGUGGGGAUCACAGCCCUUAUCCAACUAUCAGGAUUUGCUGUAGCCUUUGCGCUUCAGACUGAGACCUUCUACGACAUCCUUGGCGGGACCAACUUUUUGGCCCUGGCAGCAUGGUCUGCGUGGUGCAGUGCUGCUUUCUUCAGCAACACUAGGCAGAUCAUUGCGACAGCGCUUUUCGUGCUCUCCCGCGGUUGGCUCCUGGUCUUCUUGGCCUGGCGCGCCCAUGAGCGAAAGGGCGACUCCCGCUUUGAUGGCGUGAAGGACAAGUUCGGCAGAUUCCUGUUGUUUUGGGUGGUGCAGGGCGUGUGGGUCAUGCUGAUCUCCAUGCCGAACCUCUUUAUCAAUUCUUCUGCAGCAAACAGGCCCCUCACGUGGUUCGACUGGGUCCUGGUGGGCGGCUUCGCCUAUGCAGUGAUUGUCGAGAUCCUAGCGGACAUACAGAAGGCCAACUGGGUCCAAGCAGGUCGCCCCGGCGGCUUCUGCCAAGUUGGGGUUUGGGCUUAUUCGCGGCAUCCGAACUAUUUCGGAGAAAUCUUUCAAUGGUGGUGCGCGUGGGCAUUAGCAUACAAUAGCUCCGAGCAUGCUGCUGGCUAUUCCGAUCCCCUCUGGUGGAUCUGCAUCUUGUCCCCGGCGUUCACGAUGCAUAUUCUGCUGAACCUAGCUCCCACCGGUAUCACCAACGCAGAGGGCAAGAAUCUCAAGCGCUACUACGAGAAGUGCCCAGAUGAGUAUGCAGAGUACCGGAAGAAUACUUCCAUUCUCAUCCCGAUGAUUGGAUACAGACACGUUCCGCUAGGUCUGAAGAGGACAAUCUUUUUCGACUUUGAGCGCUACGAGUACCGUCCAGGAGGGUCUGGAAAGAAAGAUUGA